AUGUCGCUGGAUCGGUUUGACAGGAGAAUCUACAUGCAAGGGUUCAUCUCACUGCCACAAAGUCCAGGCUCGGUCAUGUUCUUGGUAGAGGGGGCCCAGGGUACGGUGUUGUACACAGGAGACUUCCGACUGGCGAAGGGAGACGCCUCCCGCAUAGAACUCCUCCACUCUGGGAGCAGGGUGAAAGACAUCAAGAGUGUGUAUCUGGACUCCACCUUUUACGACCCUCGCUUCUACCAGAUCCCCAGCAGGAUUCAUGUGAAAAGCCUGGACAUGUUUAAGAAGAUGCCAGAGAUUCUGAGUCAUGUGACCACGGAUCGAGCCACUCAGAUCCAUGCCUGCCGUCACCCCAAGGAUGAGGCCUAA